AUGUCUUAUGAGGCCACUAAAUACAGCUUGUUUGGUAAAUCGUUGGAAAAUCCGUUAAGAUACCUCACAGCUGCCCUUACGCUAGGCUUUCUAGUGGUUUACAGGAAUACCCUUCAUACUAAUGGUAUACAAAAAGGCAAUCCAAUUUAUGUUUUUAGAGUUGUGUUGUUUGGAUUGAUAACGGCAUAUCUAGGACACUUGGGCUCUACUGAACGUCAGGCUAAACUUAUACCGGUCUUUGUUAGCCUGGCUGCAAUCUUUCCACACCAGUUGGUUGAAAGCUCCAUAACUAGAAAGUCCCAUGUGUUGCUUGGUUUUUAUUGGUCUUUUGAGGCCAUUGAGACCUUGAAGUAUCCAAUUCCUAUUUUGCCAAAGAUUCUACUACUGCUGGGUCAAAUCACUCUAGGAGUGCUCGAGAUAGUCCUCUUGAGUCGACAUAGAUCCUUCACUUCCGCCUUCGAGACCGCUUCGUCUGUCUACUCCAAUAUAUCGUUUUCAUGGCUCAAUCCGGCAAUUGAAAGUAUCUACAAGAACGGUUUUGUCAGGCUUGAAGACUUGCCUGAGGACGCCAUUUCCCAGAAAGCAAAUUACGAUACCGAGUUUCAAAAGCAGCUAGCUUUGGUUACUGCCCUUGCAAAGGCUUUCUACCCUUUGGCAGCCCGGGCUGUUGCUUUUCACUUUCUUUUUCGUGCUUCAGAGUUUGUCAAGCCUUACCUUCUCAAAAACCUCAUUAGAUUCAUUGACAGGAGGUAUGUUGGAGCCGAGCCAGACACGAAGCCUGGUCUUAUUAUUGCCUUGGAGCUCUUUAUUUCCAUUCUUGCAAUGACCGAGUUUACCACUUGGUCAAGUUCUGCGUCAACUAGGUUCUCUAAUGCCGUUUGCACGUCAUUACGGUCAGUCAUCUAUAGAAAGACCCUAAAGCUUUCUAGACUGGCCAGGGAAAAGUAUCCCCAGGGGAAAAUCCAUAACCUUGUGUAUUCAGACAUGGCUGCCAUAAGGAAAGCUUCGUCUAACCUCAAUUCUAUCCUUGCAACCCCAUUUCGGCUUCUCAGCUGCCUACUUCUCUUACGUGGGCUUGUGGGAUGGUCUACUGUUGGAGGACUUAUCAUUUUGACCAUUUCCAUUCCUUUGAAUACUUAUGUUAUCAGCUGUAUCACAGUCUACAUGAAGAAGAGUAGGGCUGUGAAGGAUAAACGAGGUCAGGCCGUCAUUGACUUAUUCUCUUCGAUGAAGCUUAUAAAACUUUAUGCAUGGGAGGAUUUUAUGGUGAAAAAGCUCUUCAAAAUCAGAAACGACCAAGAGAUACCUGCUGUAACUGGGAUCAGAACAUGGAAUUCUAUUAUGAACUUUAUUUCACCAUUUCUGACGUUCUUAGCGUCGUUUGUCAUUCUAGCAUGGUAUAGUCUUGUUUCCAAAAAGGCAUUGACUUCUGAUAUCAUGUUUACUGCCAUUCAUCUACUCCAGAUGUUGCCAAGCUUGAUAUUGAAUAUUCCACAGCAUAUCACAUUCACCCAGAAUGCCAGACUAGCACUAGGAAAGGUUUCUGAGUUUCUUCAAGCUGAAGAGAUUGCUGAUAUUGUUCUGGAGGAUCCUUCCCAGCCUGACAUUGCAGUAAAGGUCCCUGGUCUAUCAUUUUCCUGGACAGCCCCAGACAACCAGGAAAAGACAAAACAAGCUCUCCACGAUAUCCAUUUAGAAGUGAAAAAGGGAGAAUUUAUAUCGCUUGUGGGAACAGUCGGGGCAGGCAAGUCGGCUCUUCUAUCUGCUAUUCUUGGUGACCUCUAUGUGUCAGCUGGCAAAGGACCAAUAACAGUAAAUGGACUGGUGGCCUAUGUCAGUCAGACGCCUUGGAUCACCAACACAACACUCCGAGAGAACAUACUUUUUGGACAUGAGUAUAAUACAGAGGCUUUCAAUAAGGUGGUUAUAGCUUGUCAGCUCAGCGUCGAUAUAGAAAAGCUUACCCAGAAAGACCUUACAUUGGUUGGUGAAAAAGGCCUCUCUCUUUCUGGAGGCCAAAAAGCACGGAUUGCUUUAGCACGAGCAGUAUACUCAGGAGCUGAAGUCCUUAUUAUUGAUGAUGUUUUAAGCGCUGUGGAUAACCAUGUGGGUAGUAGUCUUGUCAGGGAAGUGUUCAGCAAAAAGGGCAUUUUGGCUGGCAGAACAGUGUUACUAGCUACAAACAACUCGACAGUUUUGGCUCAUUCAGAUCGGGUUUAUUUAAUUGAAGAUGGCCGUUUGGUUGAAAAGGCAAGUUAUAAGGAUGUGGUUGAGGCUCCAGGUCGUUUACAGAAACUCAAGGCAUACUUCAGUACCCACAGUGAUAUUCCACCAACAGAUACUGGUUCUAAUUUCAGAAGCUUCGUAUUUGAUAGCAAACUUGCUGAGUUUACGCUUGAUCCUCUAAAGACCCAACUUACCAAACGGUCAGAACUACCUGUCGAAAAGACAUCAAAAGGUGGUAUCCUGAGAGAAGUCUACAUUGGGUAUGCAAAAGCAUGUUCUGUACCAUUUGUCGUAUUUCUAGCUGUUUUAUCCAUUUUGACAGAGUUGUUCUCGGUUGGAACGAAACUCUGGCUAGACUUAUGGUCUCAUAAAGCACCACUGGGAGAGAACAAGGCAGUGCUCUACUACGUUCUUGGCUACGCUUUAAUCGGCUCUUCUGGUGAAUUGGUUAAAUUUGCCAGAGGCUGGUUUAUCAAAACAAAAAUUGGUUUGGGCAGCGGAAAGAGUUUAUUCGAGAACAUGACCUCUGGUUUGGUUAACUCACCUAUGGUGUUUUUCGAUAAAACGCCUUUGGGCAGAAUCACAGCCAGGUAUACCAUAGAUAUCGAUAAAAUCGAAGGUGUUCUUCCUGUUAAGAUACUACGGUUUAUUACCAACUCUCUGGAAGCGGCAGUUACAGCUAUAGUGUUGGUAUACAGCUCGCCAGCUCUUUUCCCUGUUCUAGCAGUGGCUGUUAUUCCUUAUAAGUAUGCUCAAGCAAGGUACCUUGCCAGUCUGAGAGAGUUUGGCAGGUUCACUUCGGCUUCCUCAGCUCCAAUUCUCUCCCACUACCAAGAAACAGCUCUUGGGCUUGAUUCCAUAAGAGCAUACAAACAAGAAGACCGGUUUACCAAGAUAUUGCAUGCCAAUAUGAACUUCGAGCUUCAGGCAGACUACUUAUCGUAUGCAGCUGGAAGAUGGCUUAUUGCAAGGCUUCAGGCUUUGGUAGCUGUGAUUGUGCUACUUAUUUCCGUAUACUUCGUCUUGAUGAGUGGUGUAAAUGGAGUAACUGGUGGAACUGUUGGUUUUGCAAUGGGGUAUGCUUUCAGUAUAACCAUGACACUAAAGUCGCUUGUGAGUUCUUCUACUGGCAUUGACACAGACUUUAUUGCUGUUGAAAGGUGCUUGGAGUAUUCCAAGAUUGUAACUGAGGAACUGAGUACUACCUUAACUAGCACUUCAUCAGAUUGGUCCUCCAACGGAUCGAUCGUUUUCGAGAACUAUUCAGCUACUUACGAAAAUGAUUCUGAGCCAGUUCUCAAAGAAGUAAGCCUUUCUAUUAAAGCUGGAGAGAAGGUGGGUGUUGUUGGACGAACAGGAGCCGGAAAGAGUUCCUUAUUGCUUGCACUCUUCCGUAUGAUAAAGCCUAUCGGUGGUUCAAUAACCAUUGGCGGUGUAAAUACGCAGAGCUUGAAACUACACGAUCUUAGAAGCCAUUUGGGUAUUAUUCCCCAAGAUUCAUUUCUAUUCCAGGGCUCGAUUAGGGAAAACCUUGACCCUUUUGGUGAACAUCUGGAUGAUCAGAUCUGGCAAGCUUUGGAAGAUGCAAAGAUGAAAACAGCAGUGGAAGCUCUUGAUAGUGGUUUGGAAAGCAAGGUGGGUACAGAUGGCUCUAACCUUUCUGGUGGACAGAAACAGCUUCUAUGUUUGGCGAGAGCACUCCUCAAGAGCUCCAGUUUUCUUUUUAUGGAUGAAGCAACAGCUUCUGUGGACUCACAAACUGAUGAACUCAUUCAAGAGGUUCUCAGGGAAAAGACGAGGAACAAGACGGUGAUAACUAUUGCCCAUAGAACCAGCACCGUAUUAAAGUAUGACAAGAUUUUGGCUUUGGAAGAUGGACGAGUGGUUGAGUUUGAUACUCCAGAAGCCUUGUUGAACAACCCCCACAGUCUAUUCCACAGUUUGGUCAAAGCCGGUGUUUAA